CUCGCCGUCUACUUCUUCUUCUUCUUCUUCUUCUUCUUCUUUAUCCACACCAUCAUCGCUGCAGACUGGAACAGACUGGAACGACUUGUCGUUUUUUUGGGGGAAGCAUGGGGGAGGCUAGCGAGAGGAGGAGGCUGUCGCUUGAGAUGGAUAAGUACCCGAGAGAUCUGCUGCAGAGACUAAUGUGCAGCAACGACACGUCGCAGUCGAGAUUCGAGGAGAGAAACCGGGCGGAGGAUCUGGAGCUCAAUCUCGGCUUGUCUUUAGGCGGCAGAUUCGGAGUUGACAAGUCCAGUGCCAAGAACAAGCUCGUCCGAUCUUCCUCGAUUGCCGUCACCAUGCCCUUUUUCAGGGAAGAGAACGACGACUCCGCGGCGGCGUACGCCGGCCUGAUGAGGUCGUCGUCGCUCCCGACGGAGACCGAGGAGGAGUGGAGGAAGAGGAAGGAGCUCCAGACUCUGCGGCGGCUGGCGGCGAAGCGGCGGCGGUCGGAGAAGCAGAGGGGUGGUACCGCUAAGGAAGAAGAUGACGUGGGGCCCAAUUCAGGGACGAGGACUAAUCCGUUUUGGGCUGCGGCGGGCGGCGGAGGAGGAGGGGAUGCUUUGGUGAAGGGUAAAAAUGACAUUUUGGGUGGGUUUCAGGGAUUUGGGCUGCAGCCCAGUUCUCAGGGCUCGGUGGAGUCACAAGGUGGAAGCUCGUCGGGGUUGUCAGAAAUGGAGAGUAAACCUCUUCAAGGAUCCAGCAGCUGUGGGGAAGCAAAAAGCCCUGCUAGUAACCAGGAUCAACAAAGCAAUCAGGGCCCGACCCUUCGUUCUUUGGGGUCAUUGACGCCUGAGCAUGCAUCCAGAAUCUCCAGGGCCGUCAUGGAAAACAUGCGUAAGAAGCCUAAUCCUUCCGAAAAUAAAGGAAGGGAAACUAGGAUGAAUGCCAUGGAGGAUAUGCCUUGUGUUUUCACAAAAGGAGAUGGCCCAAAUGGUAGAAAAAUAGAAGGAAUCCUAUAUCGAUAUGGGAAGGGAGAGGAAGUACGAAUAAUGUGUGUAUGCCACGGAACCUUUCUUUCUCCCGCAGAGUUUGUGAAGCACGCAGGAGGUGGUGAUGUCGCUCACCCUCUACGGCACAUAGUUGUAAACCCUGCUGCAACUUCCUUUUUAUGAUGGAGGUCUCCUUUAUAUAAACCCCUCAAAAUAGGGGUUGCUGAAUAGUAACAAAGAACAAGGGACGCAAUUUAAAUUGAUAGCUUUUAUUUUUUCAUGAUGAGCUCCAGGAAUGGAAUAUAUAUUAAAUAACUGUUCUGUACAGGUUAAUCUGGAAGAGUUCAAGUCCCACCUCUUUUAGGCUGGUGUUUGCUGAUCUGGUUUUAGUUUCUUGUACUCACGUAGUUGCUCCUGUAGGUUAUAAUAUUGUAGAGUGUAUCAACUAUUUAAAUAGAAGCAUUUAUGAAGAUGAUCUGUUGUCUC